CAACUUAAACUGCUUCAUCCAAUCAUGAUCAUUCUCCCAACACAGACCACACAUACAUAUUUCCCUGUCCUUUCAUCUUUUCUUCUCCACACUCACUCUUCUUCCUCCCAUCUCUCUCUCUCUUUCUGGGUACUAUUUUCUCUUCAAUGGCUGGUCCAAGCUUCAUCAUCGGUAUCAUUGGCAAUGUAAUCUCUAUUCUGGUUUUCGCUUCUCUCAUAAAAACGUUCACGCGAGUUGUGAAGAAGAAAUCGACGGAGAAUUUCAAAGGAUCCCCAUACAUAACAACCCUACUGUGCACGAGUCUAUGGACAUUCUACGGCAUACUGAAUCCAGAUGGUUUGCUGAUCACGACGGUUAAUGGGGCUGGUGCUUUGCUGCAGCUUAGCUACGUCAUUCUCUACCUCAUGUACGCUCCCAAGGAAAAGAAGAUCAAAUCGAUGAAGUUGGCGGCGUUGCUGAAUAUUGGAUUCCUUGGCUCAGUUAUUGCAGUUACUCUUCUCGCACUCCACGGAAACUUGAGACUAACCUUUGUUGGGAUUCUCUGUGCGUGUUUAACUAUUGGGAUGUAUGCAUCUCCUCUAGCGGUAAUGAGGAUUGUGAUAAAGACGGAGAGUGUGAAGUACAUGCCAUUUCUGCUCUCGUUUUUCCUGUUUCUCAAUGCGAGCAUUUGGGGUACUUACUCGUUGCUCGUCAAGGACUUGUACAUCGGGGUGCCGCAAGUUAUUGGAUUCGUAUUGGGUACUGCUCAACUGAUUCUCUACGCAAUGUACAAGAACAAGUCACCCUCGGAAGAAUCUGAUGAAGACUUGCAGAAAGAAGAGGAACGGUCGGCCCACCUAGUGAAGGAAGUUAUAGAGAUGAAAGGGCGUAAGGAAGACGGGGAUGAUCAAAUCACCUCCAAGAAUCGUGCACUGAGAAAAGGGAGUAGCCUCCCGAAGCCGCCAGUCAUUCGGCAGUCCAGCAUAGGGAAGGUCUUGAGGACGCUCUCUAUGGGCCCAUAUGAGCAGCAGCAUUGGGUCUGGUUCCAAGACGAAGAAAAUGACCAUAACAGGGAUCUCGAAGGUGGGAAGAAGAGUGGGUCCCAAAUUUGAAACAAAAUAAAUAGAGCAAUGGAGGUUCUUAUGAGCGAAUAAUUUUGCUUGUACUGAUGAAUGAAUACGUACUCAAGAACGUGCCUGCAAAACUCCGUCACGAGCUCCUCUUAAAGCUCAUCACGCGGCACUGUCAAACUAUCUUUCUCAUCGUGCAAGUGCCAUCUACUCAGUUUGCAUUCCGGUUCGGAUGAAGAAGCAAUUCAACAAGAAAGAUCUCCUCUUGGUCUC